CUAAUGGUUUGCAGAAAGAGGUGAUGAAUGGAUUUUACAGACGACAGCAUUGAGGCCCCUGUUGUGCAUCUCAUCUUAUGUCUUUUGAACACAAUCUAAACUCAGCAGAAUAUUUCAUAUUCUCGGUCUGUAAAGGAUCAAUGUAGGAGAGUAUAAGGCUUACUUCUCUUCACUUACACCAUUCUUAAUUUAGGCCAGGCCUUCUCUUGAACCACUAUUCUCAUACCGAUCUUUCCCUCGCCAGCCCGUCCAGUUCGUCUUCAACUCCUAGUCUGAUCCGGAGAUGACAUAUUCGAUAUAGCAUCAUCUGGGGACACGGGAGCAAACGGGAAAGAGGCGCGCUUCGACGGACCAUGCAACUGACCCCGAUCAAAGUCAGAGGCAAGCGUGGCAAAGCCCCUUCGUCCAAAAACUCGACCAAACCACCGCCACGGGAACGGAAGUCACGGCUCUCAACUCGCCUGGGAAUCAAGCGAAAGUCUCUCCUCGAGCGCCAACUACCCCUCGAAAUUAUCGAGCGCAUCUUUGUCUUCAGUGAGAACCUCAACUUCCCCCGUUGCAGCCCCCUUGUCGGCCGCCUACUCUCCGGGCGAUCCACGCUCGUCAACCUUCUCAUUUCGUCGUUCCAUCCUACGUGGGACUGUUGGUUCGGUGUCGAUAGGCGGACGGUCAAGAUGGUUCCGAAGCACGGCGCCACACAAGACCUGAGAACUGGUUGGCGGCAUGAGAACUUCCCCGAAUUCUUCCCCGGAGACCCAGAGUUACAGUCCUCUGUGCUAGCGACCCCCUGGGUGAAUGUUGACAUCAUUCUUGACGCCCUGCAGGUCUGGGCCUGGCGCUUCGCGCGCGACAGAUGGUACUCACACUCCCAUGUUGGCCCGAAAGACGAGGAGGCGGACCAGAACCACGACCCAUUACACUUGCCUCACGAUCGACUCGGCGGGUUUGGCCAUUUUGAUUCGAGGGGCUGCUUUGACUAUGACUGGCUCGCGUACGGUCUCGGCGGUUCGAAACCCGCGCUCGACUUUUACGUCGAUGUACACCCCAAAACAAGCAUACCCGAUAGCCUCAUUGCUGGGCCCUGGACACCCGAGCAGCAGAAACUUCUCUUUUGGCUUCGUAGAGGCGGAGCAAGGAUACAGGCUGAGCACCAAACCUGGGAGACUCUUCUGGUUGGCCUCCAGAACGCCGUUACGCAUCGAAACCCUGGGAACCUGGACGGGCGUCUGAUCCACAUGCUCCUCCUGCUGGACGACUUCUUCCCUUCGCAACGGCUCGAGGAGAGCCACUCUCUUUGGCCGCUGGAGGUUUUGGAGAAGGAGCAUGCCAAAGUGGUCAAGCUGCUUGAAGCUCGAAGACGCAGCAAGGCCGGCCACCUGCCAGAGCUCGUUCAACUUGAGAAGCGCAUGAUUGACUAUCACCGUCGCGAGGUCGACCUUCUCACGUCGAGAUGAGUCGGGAUGAACGUUUGACGCCGCACUCGACGAUGGUCGUUGGUUUCAUGCCUCGUACGAGGGAUCACUGAGCGCCGGGGAGGCGCGCCAUCGUCCUUCUUGGCGUAUUGGGCAGCCUCAGCGGCGAGGGGCUCGGCGUGGAGGUCAUGGGUCUCGUCGUCGCCGUCGCCGCCCUGGCUGGACUGCCGGAACUUGAGCUGGGUGUGCGCCGGCAGCAGACGUUGGUGACAGGCCGGGGAGGAUAGCGCCGCGCAUUCUCUUGGCAUAUAUCUUGAUGUGUCUUCGGUGCUCGAUAUCUACUCCCUAAUGCCAUUUGUAUGGUGAGCGGAAGGCUGAGAUUGGCCGCGGGUAUUCAGUCGAUGCAAACAAUCCAAAGAGAAGGUGUUGUCAGCAGUCCAAAGACUGUCGUAACUGCUGAGAGAUGCCGCGAUUACUGGUGUAAUGGACCUCAGGAUGCUUUCUCUAUCUCUCUGAGAUAGCUGGAACAAGCCGUAUAGUAGCUCCUUUCUUGGUACAUGUUAUCAGUAGUAGUAGUCAUCAUCGUCAGAGAAUAGAGCGACAGAGGUACCAAGGCCCCGGCAUUGUUCUUUUCGUGAUCUUCAAACACUUGACCUGCAACGGGCCUUACAUGUCAUCCCAUUCAUCGCCUUUCCCCAGCACGCAAGGGUAAGUCGUUCACGUCGGUGUCAAAGUCGUGAACAGCCGUCGCCCACCUUGCUCGGAGGCAUACAAUCCACAAUUUGGCCCCGUCGACCAACAGUCAGCCAACCAUUCAUACGAUGUAAUCGUACAA